CUGGUUUUUCUGCUCUUCCUGUCUGUAAAUGACUGUCUGUCAGCCGCUCCUGUAUCCUCAGGAGAGAAACAAUCAAAAAGCCUGGAGUUUAUGCUCAGAGCUUCUGUCUGUGGUGGUGGACUCUGCUGACUGGCUGCUCAUCUUUAAAUCUAAUGAACAAAGUGUUUAUCAGUCUGUUACCAUGGUGACAUCAGAUGAGUUCACUCGACUGAUGCCCUGGGCUUUCUACAGCCUGCUGCUCCAGCAGAGUCCUGACCUGCUGCAGAGAGCUGUGCGAUGUCCAGGGUUCCUUCACACUGCCGUCCUCUGCUACAUCAGUCUGCUGCAGCUGUUCCUGGAGGGACACACACCUACAUCCACCGCUGAACCCUCUGAAAAACAGUUGGAGCCUUCCCAGAUUCUGAGCGAUGCCAAACAGUUUCUUCUGAGAGUGAUCUCACAGACGUCUCCCACUGCUCUGUCUUCCAGCCAACGCAGACAGUUGGAGUCCCAGUGUGCAGACCUUGACCCAGAGGUGGCAGCAGCUCUGUCUGUGCACCUCGGCCCUCAGAGUCUCAGCCCAGAGAUGGACUUCCUCUGAGCAGCUGAGGAGAAACUGGCUAAAGACACUGUCCCCUCCCCUCAGCUUCAACAGUAACUGACUGUACAGUAUGUUCUCUGUUUGUUCUAAUGUAACUUUGCAUUUAACAGAAACAUGUUCCUUUCUAAUAUUUAUUAAAGAACACUUCAUUGUUCACAUUCCA